UUGGCAGGAUUUGGUGAAACACUGCUCAAACCAUGUGGUGAGAGUGUGAGGAGAUACAGCAGAAUCCAUCAUUUGCUGCAUUUUGAGCCUGUGUAGGAGAUAUUGGCAAGGCCCAAGACCUUCAGUUGCCACGGAAUAGAGUCAAGGCUGUCCUUUUCCCAAGACCCUAGAGAAAUAUCCUGGAUUAUGAUCAGGGCUAUGGGUACAGCCUGUCCCUAAAUGGAAGGGCAUUUGCUGAGAUUUCAAGCAUGUGACUGUGGUCCACAUCACAAGAUGAAAACCUGGGCUGAUUCUGAGCAAGCCAGGGAAGCCCCAGCAUUGUGCAGCGUGGUGCCCUUCACUGUGCUUGUGGGUGGGGUUAGCAUAAACCUAAUCCAUCAGCCUUUUGCUGCAAAGUCUUUUGUGUUUACAUGAGGCCAUUUGAAAUCCCUCUGCAGCAUCCUCUGCCAUUUUUGGUACCAACUGUUUGACUGGUACCAAAGUCAGGUUUGAAGCACGAUCCAGUGGUUGUUGUUGUGCAAGGAAACGUCCAGCAGAGUGAGAGGGCACAGGGUCGGGGCUGUUGCCCAUCACUGGACAGGAGGAUGACUCGAGGAUAGACCCUCCUCAUAAUGAGGUGGUGGCCCCAAGUCUUCGGCAACAGGAUCAGGUUUUCCACAAAACGAGUGGUUAGGCCACUACCCUAGGGAGCAGAGACUUAUCACUGCAGGGGACGGGUGGUACCAGACGUGCGGCUGCAGGCAGUGAGCCCAGAAACAUUGCGCAAUCGCCUGUCCAAUCAAUUUAUAAGGGGAGAAGCGGGCAGCGAGAGACCACUACAACAGCGGGACAGGCGCUGAGCUGCCCCUGCACAGCCCGAGCCUCCCGCUGCGCUCUGCCCUGCGCCGAGCCAGCCCCGCUACAGGGGCACGGCCUGACCGCACCCUCCGGAGAUGGCAGAUGGCAGGAGCCACCCCCAGCCUGGGGACCUGAUCGAGAUCUUCCGGCCCGUUUACCAGCACUGGGCUCUCUACGUCGGGGAUGGAUAUGUCAUCCAUGUGACAGAUGAAGGAGACUCAUCCGUUUUGGGUAGCAGCUCAUCAAUGUCCGCCACAAGGGCCAAAGUGAAGAAGGAGCUCCUGAAGAAGGUGGUGGGAAAUGAUAAAUGGUGUGUCAACAACAAGUAUGAUCGCUCCCGCGAUCCUCUCCCCGUGGAGGAGAUCAUCCAGCGUGCUGAGCAAUGGAUUGGCAAAGAGGUGCCCUAUAAUGUGCUUGGCAGCAACUGUGAGCACUUUGUGACAGGGCUGCGCUAUGGAAAGAGAAAGUCUGACCAGGUCACAAAAGGAGUUGCUGGCUUUUUUAUAGCGUUAGGAGGUGCGGCUCUUCUUGGCGCUGGUCUUGGCAUAGCUUUGUACAAGCCUCGUCCAAAAAAUAGUAGUACUUCUGGGCUGUCUGAAGGAGAUGAGACCAAGGCAUUGGGAGGUCCUGGCCUCAGUGGUCAGUGGUCAUCUUUUGCUACACCUACCAUGAAGUUUGACUAGCCACUGUGUACGCUUGGUGUAACUGUUAAGCAAGCCUUAAUAAAAUGUCAGAAAUCCACACUCA